AUGUCCCCUCUUGGGUCCCCUCGGCUCACGGCCGUCUUUGCACCCAUUGUACACCAGCACGAGGCCACGGUCCUCCCCACCUGCCUGCACAUGCCGGCGGUGGUGAACAUAGCCAACAUCGCCACCAAGCGCGCCUACCUCUCCACCGACCUCCUGCGCCUGCCACAGGGCCAGGGGUCCGGCUUCCUCUGGGACGACCAGGGCCACGUGGUGACCAACUACCACGUCAUCCGCGGCGCUUCGGAGGUCCGCGUCACGCUCAUCGACCAGAGCGUGUACAGCGCGAGGCUGGUGGGGGGCGACCCCUCGCGAGACAUCGCCGUCCUCCAGCUGGACGCCCCGCCCGCCAGCCUGGCUGCCCUCAAGGCCGUGGAAGUGGGAAAGAGCAGCGGCCUAGCUGUGGGUCAAAAGGUGUACGCCAUCGGCAACCCCUUUGGCCUGGACCACACGCUGACCAGCGGCAUCAUCUCUGGCCUGAAUCGGGAGCUGGGAGCGGGGACUAACAACGGGCCCAGUCUGCGCAACGUGAUCCAGACCGACGCCGCGAUCAACCCUGGGAACAGCGGGGGGCCCCUGCUGGACUCCAAGGGCAGGCUCAUCGGCAUCAACACCGCCAUCGCCGACCCCACAGGCAAGGGCGCCAGCAGCGGCAUCGGCUUCGCCAUCCCCAUCGACGCGUGCCGGGGCCUGGUGGACCAGAUCCUGACCUAUGGACGAGUGGUGCGACCGAUGCUGGGCAUCACCCUGGCCCCGCCCCAGGCCCUGCGCCAGCUGGGCCUCUCUGGGGUGCUGGUGCUGGACGUGCCCCCAGGCGGCCCCGCCGACGCCGCCGGGGUCAAAGGCACCAUGCGCGACGGGUUUGGGCGCGUGGUCCUGGGCGACGUCAUCGUGGGCGUGAACGGCAGGAAGGUGGCCAACGAGGGCGAUCUUUUCGAUGCGCUGGACUCGUGCAAGGUGGGGGAUGAGGUGAGGCUCGACAUCUUGAGUGGCGGGCGAACCAAGGCCAGCCUCAGCAUAGUGUUGGCUGAGCGGGCGGCCCGCGUCACCGAGUGA